UAUCCGUCAGAUUCAUGCCAUUCAUGGUCCGACUGCCGAUGCGAUAUCGCGUCACAUUGACAAUUUGAAAAUCAGCUGAUCCACCAUUGACUAGUAAUCACUGAAUUGAAGAAAAAAGAUAGCAGAACGUAAUAACCGGCUAGGGCUAGAGGGAACUGUCAAAACAGAGCUGGGAUCAGCUGGGAUUUAAAAAACAGAGUCGUGCUGAUCAUGGACUCGUCGAAGGACGAAACGCAGACGGAGGCAGCGCUGAUCGAGAGUCUGUCCGCUGAGCAGAACUCGAGAUGCGAAUCACCGAAACGCGGCACCACGCUCUCCACCAGCACCAGCAGUUUCGAGGCGCUGGAUCCGCACGACCCGAACCUGAGUCGACUGGCGAACACGAUGUUUCAGAAGACGGGCGAGUACCUGCAGGAGGAGCUCACCGCUACCCACGCCGACUACCGACUGCUGGAACGUCUGAAUAAGGAGACCAUCGCCAAGUAUACGGAACUAAAGAUCAUCUCGUCGAAUGUGGUGCAAUCACUGGACUCGCUGAAUGAUAAGUAUCAGAAGCUACAGCCGAUCCUAGAUAACAUCAAUCAGAUUGAUGACAGCGUCAGCAAACUGGAGCAAGCUGCGUAUAAACUAGCAGCGUACUCCAAGCGACUCGAAGCCAAGUUUAAGGAUCUCGAAAAGGAUACCAAGAACAAAUAAAGCUGUAAGCUGUAAAUCAUUGUAUCUUCAUGUACCUAUAUAUAAUAGGAUGAUAAAUACGUAUAUCUUAGACAGUCACAGUUAUUGUUAAAAAUAUGACAUGUAUAAAUGUAAAAUAUGUAAGAGAGCUAGCACGUAACGGGUCACAAAAAAUCAUAUCUUUUGUACAUUAAAUUUAUUAGUAUACGAGACCUCUUAAACACGCUUACAAAACUUGUAUAAACGUGUAGUUUGCCAUUCCUUUGCAUAUCAUGUACAAUAUCUGACUUUUAUAUGUAACUUAUUGAUUAAAAGUGAUAUAUCCUA